CGGAGACGUUGGCGGCGGUGGCGCCAGAGGAGGGGGACUGCCAAAAACGGAGCGUUGGCCAUGAAUUUGCCUGGGGCAGGAGCCGCGGCGGCGGACCUGACAGCCGGCUCCUUGUUGCGUCCUCGCUGCUAACAGAACAGAUUUUGACAUGGCAGGGAGACAUCAGAAUCGUAGUUUUCCUCUUCCAGGAGUUCAUUCAAGUGGUCAAGUACAUGUAUUUGGAAAUUGUACAGACAGUGAUGUGUUGGAGGAGGAUACUGAAGUGUAUGAACUUCGAUCCAGAGGAAAAGAGAAAAUCCGAAGAAGUACAUCAAGAGAUAGACUUGAUGACAUUAUAGUAUUAACAAAAGAUAUACAGGAAGGAGAUACUUUAAAUGCGAUAGCCCUUCAGUACUGUUGUACGGUAGCAGAUAUCAAGAGGGUUAACAAUCUCAUCAGUGACCAAGACUUUUUUGCCCUUAGGUCUAUCAAAAUUCCAGUUAAAAAGUUUAGUUCAUUGACUGAAACACUUUAUCCUCCAAAAGGAAGACAGGCUUCACGUCCUUCAUCUAUCCAGUAUGUUCCAGAACAACAGGAAAUUUUGCCAGCUAACGAUUCUCUUUCUUCCACUGAGUCAGCUGAUAACUUUUUAAAAGAAGUAGAUCGAGACAUAGAACAAAUAGUAAAAUGUACAGACACCAAAAGAGAGAACCUUAAUGAGGUGGUAUCUGCUUUAACAGCACAACAAAUACGUUUUGAACCUGAUAACAAAAACAUUCAACGUAAGGAUCCUUAUUAUGGAGCAGACUGGGGAAUAGGGUGGUGGACAGCUGUAGUGAUAAUGUUGAUAGUAGGUAUAAUAACGCCAGUAUUCUAUUUGCUGUAUUAUGAAAUUUUAGCUAAAGUGGAUGUUAGUCACCAUUCAACAAUGGAUUCUUCACAUUUGCAUUCAGGAGUGACACCCCCAUCACAACAGAGAGAAGUGGAAAAUGGAAUUGGUCCAACUAAAGGAAUACCCUUUGGCCAACAUGAUCAUAAACUAUAUCGUCAAGAUUCUCAGUCACCUGCUGCUCAACACAAAACAUAGCAGUUAGCUCAUAAUUACGGUGUUAAUGAUCAUGUGUAUCUGGAGUGUGGUGAAUCAGUUACCUUCAAUAACCACUUUAAAGGCAGAAGUUAGGGAGACUGAAGAUGCUCUUGUUUUUCACCCUUCUUUUUGGAGCCAGUUGCAAAUAGAUUGAGUAUAAAUUCCUACAGUUGCUAGUUGUUGAUAUUGAGAGUUGUAAAUCUAUAUCUUGUAUCAGUGCUUAAAGCAAAAAUGAAUUUAAAU